AUGGCAGUCAACGCUAAGCCUUCCCUGUCCACUAUUACGUCUCCUGCUGAAGCAGUUCCGGAGUAUCCCCCUGCAAAAGUGGAGGAACAGGCUAAUGGAAUGGUGCUUGUGAAAUGGGGCGACGGAGGAGUGAAGCAGACGUCCGCAUCAGCUGGAACGGAAUAUCCCUCUGUCUUUUCUGUUGUUGAUAGCGACGGAUUGGAGCCCCUUGUAAAGACAUAUGGUACCCUUCUUGGUUGCGAUGGCGGUACCCUGACCAUUCAAGGGACAACAUAUCGCAUUGAGAGAAUCCCGAAGCGGCGGCAAGCAAAUGGUAAGAAGUCGCUAGAGGAUGAAGCACGCUGGACAGACGUCACCGCAGCCCAACAACAAGCCCACAGAAGGAGACUUUCUCGAUGUACGACGCCCUGA